AAUUCAAAAGUUUAUCGAUAAUUUAAAUAGAAAGAGAGAAAAUUUUAGUGAAAUUUCAAGUCGGUGGGUUUAAAAAUCUAAGUCAACGAACUUACCCGAAAGCUUGAAGGAUUCCGAUCAAUUCGAAAAGAAAAUACAGAAUUUGAUAAUGGAGACUGUGACAAACCCAAGAAAUAAUUCCCAAAAAAUUUAAUUGUUUGAUCAAUUAUCCGUUUCCUAGAUAUAGUUAACCAAAAGAAAAAAUGCAGAUUGGAGAGAGUUCUUCAGGACAGGCAGAUCAUAGGCUUGCUUUGAUACAUGAGAUGAGCUCUCAUAAUUUUGAUCUCAUACGUUUUGCUUCUUAUAGGACUGCUGUCAAAUUGAGAUUUAUCCAAAAAAAAGUGUGCUUACAUGCAGUUGAUAUUUGGAAUAUCAUAGAAGCUUUUCGUGAACAAGGAUUACAUGCUUUAGAACCUUCUCAUGAAUUGAGUGUUGCAAGAUUAGAAACACUUUUAUGUUCAUUAUAUCACAGCCUAAAUAAAAGAGCUCCCCCUACACAACAAGCUAAUGUUGAAAUUUGCUCUAGUUUACUUCUCAAUUGGUUACUGGCAGCAUAUGCUACAGUUGAUAAUGUGGGAAAAAUCAGAGUUUUCUCCAUUAAAGUAGCAUUAGCAACCCUAUGUGCUGGAAAACUCAUGGAUAAAUUGAGAUAUAUAUUUUCACAAAUAUCUGACAGCAAUGGUUUGUUACUUCAGUGGAGGUUUAACGAAUAUCUUCAAGAAGUUCUUGCAUUGCCUGCUGCUGUUUAUGAAUCUCCUACCUUCAAUUAUACAGAUUCACUUGCUUCCACUAUAUUUAUGAUUAAUGCAAAAGUUACUGUUAAUGAUUUUUUGGAUACCAUGAUGUCUGAUCCAGGACCUCCUGUUUUACUUUGGUUACCGCUUCUUCAUAGGAUCGCUAGUGUGGAGAAUGUUGUUCAUUCAAUACAAUGUGAUUCUUGCCUUAAGGAAAGAUUCAAUGGAUUCCGUUAUCGUUGUUUAAAAUGUCCACAUUACACCUUAUGUCAGGAUUGCUUCUGGAGAGGAAGAGUUUCCAAUCCUCAUACCUUAGAUCAUCAGGUCAAAGAAUAUGCUUCCUUUUCACCAAAUAAAACUCUCGGACAGUCUUUGAGAAAAUCAUUCAGAUGUGUUCCAGAGAAGUCCAAAAAUCAUUUACCCAAAUUUCCAGAACACCCAGAAAAAACUCUUAAUCUAUCACAUAUUGUACCCCCUUCUCCUGUUCCAUCACAUAACGGAUUUCCUGAUAGCAAUUCAUGUAACCCAUUCGAUGGAAUGGGAAGUCUAGACAGCAGAUCUUCCACAACUAGGAGUUUGGACAGUGCUCGGGAUGAUGAACAUAGAUUGAUUGCUCGUUAUGCUGCCAAACUAGCUCAAGAAGCUGGCCAAGGAAUGCCCAGAACUGGUAUAAGAAGAAGUUCUCUGUCACCAGAUAUAGGUCGAGUAUCCUCCGAAGCUUGUCUUGGAAUGGAUUCGACAAGAGCUCAACGGGAACUUAUAGGACAAUUAGAAGCAAAGAAUAGGGAAAUAAUGAGAGAAAUUGCUAGACUUAGGAGGCAACAAGAACUUGAAGGAAGCGGACAUGGACCUGACAAUCCUCUUCUCAUGAAUGAAUUAAGAGCGUUGCGGAUGAGGAAAGACGAAUUGGAGACACAUUUGAGUUCAUUGCAAGAUUCAAGAAGGCAGUUAAUGAUCCAAUUGGAAGGCCUUAUGAAAAUGUUGAAGGUAGCCGAAAAAUCUUCGGAGAAUCAUCAAGCUUCCCCAAGAAGCACGCCAAAUUCUUCACCACGAAGUACAAAAUCUCCUCCUCUGCCAUCGGCUACUACUCCAGGGCAGGCUAAUCCUCGCAGUGCUCCACAAACACCUUCUGGAAUACCUUCGUCUAGUACAUCGAUGCCCAAUUCAACAACACCUUUGGCGGAUAGUUUAUCUAAUAUGAGCCAUUCUCUAGUUGAAUUUGGCCACAAUCAAGUGCAUGUUCAAUCCAAAGAUGUUAUGUCAAAUAUUCAGCAAGAAAGAGCAGAAAGGGGUAUGCACAAUUUGAAUAGCGAGUCUUUGAUUGGGGUUGGCGGUGAUGUUAGAGAUGUUAGAAAUGCCUUUGGUGGGAACAUUAAUAUGGCUGUGAGCAAUGGCAAUGGAAAUAGAGAUCCAAUGGGUAGAUCGUUAAGAAAUGAUCUUUUAGUCGCAGCUGAUUCUGUAACGAAUGCUAUGUCAACACUGGUUAGAGAGCUUAAUUCAGAUUUUGAGGAUGACGGCGAAGAUGAAAGUGAUAGUGGUUGGCAAGAGGAACUUCAAAGACGUUACGAACAAGAUGCGAAUUUCAUAGCAGAAUUGAGGGCGAGACAAGCAAAUUCACCUGGGAGCAAUCCACAUGAAAGUUUUUCACAUAAUAGUUAUCAGUACCAACAACAUCCCUUGAGCCAACACUAUGGUUCCCAGCAAAAUAUGUUCUCGGCAGUUCAGCAAAAUCAUUCUGGUAACGGAUCACAAAACUAUAAUUCUGAAGAAUAUGGAGCAUAUAAUAGAACAAAUUGUAAUCAAAGGGCUUUUGGACAACAGCCUAUGAAGUCCAAACAAUUUCCACAAGAACAUGAAAAUGGACAAAAUUUUCCAAUUAUGAAAGAACAAAAUCAGGACAAGAUACAGUUCGAGGAAGCAUUAAAGCAAUGGGUUAAUAGAUAAGAUAUUAAUCAAACUAUGGAAACUCAAUAGCAUUAUUAGUUUCAUGUGGUAAAAAAGCAGCCCAAGUUAUCUAGUUGUUGAUUUAUAUUCCUAAGUGAGCAUUAUAGUGUUAUCGACAUCACAUCACUACCAUUUGUUUCAGACAAUACCCCACGAACAUUUCAAUUACUUUGUUGAAGUUAAAAUUGAAAUGAUGUUAAUUGCAGAAAUAAUUGCUAUCCAAGUACUGUUUUCUCAUUCGAAUUGAAUAAAAAUAAAUCAUCAAGAAUUGUGCAUCGUGAUUCCAAACUUUCAGGUUUGGGUGAACAUUUCUUUUUAGACUAAUAUAAAAAAUAUCUCUUAGAAUAUAAUAUGAUUUGAAAAGUGACAGUGAAACAUGUUUCCUUUUCAUUGAAAUAUUCAUCAUUUGUAAAUUUCACGAACUAUUCAUUUCAUUCAAAAUUAUGUCAGUUAUUUUGUUCAAAUUGAGAACAUAGAUCUAUUUCUCACUAGAGAGUGGUAUAGGUAUUAACAUAGGUCCGAGAAAUGUACCUAAGGUCUAUU